GGAGGUUUUAUUUGACUCACAGUCGCCGGCAUGGAACGUUGGCAUAACUGCGUAGCAGUGGUGACCGGAGCCAGUUCGGGAAUCGGAGCGGAAAUCGCCCGAAAGCUGGUCUCCGCUGGCGUCAUGGUGGUUGCCCUGGCCCGUCGACUGGACCGCUUGGAGCAACUGCGCGAGGAGCUGCCGGAGGAUCGACGAUCUCGAUUGCGUAUCAUGCAGUGCGAUGUCUCGGAUGUGUCAUCCGUAAACGCCGUAUUCGACGCGGUGCUGGGGGAUCUGGGCGGCGUGGACAUUCUUAUCAAUAACGCCGGGAAACUGUCUGGUGGCCAGCUGCUGACCAUGUCGGUAGACACUGUGCAGCAGGUGCUGCAGACGAAUGUUAUGGGCGUGGUCUACUGCACCCAGCGCGCCUUUGAAUCGAUGAGGCAGCGCCAGUCCAUGGGUCAUGUGGUGCUCAUUAACAGCAUUGUGGGUCACUACAUCUUCAAUCCCCUGCCCGGCAGCCAGCAGGAACUCAACGUGUACCCGGCCACCAAGCAUGCGAUCACCGCUCUUACCGAGCUCUUUCGGCAGGAGAUGCGAGAAUUCAAGACCAAAGUCAAGGUCACGAGCAUAAGUCCGGGAUUGGUAAACACAGAGCUAGUGCCUUUGGAAUACAAAAGGCUGCCUAUGCUACAGGCGGAGGAUGUGGCAAGUGCCAUCAUGUAUGUUCUGUCGACGCCUCCACAUGUCCAGGUGCACGAGCUGACCAUCAAGCCCUUGGGCGAACCCUUUUAGGACACCCCUGCAUUGCUCCACUUUGACUACUAAAUAUUUAACUAUGCUGUGCACGUCUUUGCCCUUGGUUUCCUAACUGAAUUAUUCGCGGAUUGAAAUAAACAGAAAUAAAAUAGA